GACUAAUUAAAACACCUUGCUUCCCAAGUUUUCCCACCUCUUCCACCUCCAAAACACACACACACUAUAUAUAAAUAGGUUCCCUUACCAAUUCCAAAACCAAUUCACUCUUUCAUCUUCCAAAUCAUUUUUAUUUUUUUUAUCCUUGUAGAGAAAAAAGAUUCAUUUUCUUCAACUUGUCGAAAAAAAUGAGGAGAGAAGGUCGCCAACACGGUAUGGUCCGUACUUACCCAAUUUUACCCUCUCCAUGGAACCCAAGACCCGAGCCCAGGUACAUGAACAAGUCCAAUUCACCACCAACCGCUGGGCUUUUCGCAAAGGUCCCAACUAAGCCCAGUAACCAUUCCAAGUUCACCGGCAAGUGCGGUAGACCCAGGUGCACCAGCUGCCAUAUUCAUCCAGCUGGAAAAUCCAAAGACAAGACUAAGGGCACACAAAAGAUAAAGGGAUACGGCGACGUCGUUUCGUUGGUUACUUGGAGAGUUGUUGAUGCUAGGCCUGGGUUGAAUUUAUCUGGAUUUUCAGCUACUGGGAUUUUGGAUCAUUUGGAUAGCGAUUGUUCUUAUUACAUGGAUCAUGAAAUUUACUAUGAUGCCGCCGAUGAAGGUUACGGAGAUCAGGAAUUGGUAGUUGACUCCGAUUGGUGUCCGGCGAUCGGCGUUGAGAUUGAGGAGACUGAUGAAGAAAAAAUGAGUUUAUGUGAAGUGGGAUUUGUGUGGGAAAAUGUUGAAGAAGAUGAAGAUUGGUGUGUUGUGGAAGGAAUCUAAUUCGGUUCCUUCCAAUUGUAUUUGUAUUAACCUGUUGCUGAACAAAAAAUGUUACAUUUCUGUAAUUGUAUUUACUGUCAAAUAAAUUGGAACAUUCAGAUGACAUUCGUUUGCA